AAUAAAUUGUUCUAUACAUGCAUCCACAGGAGUGAGAUUACAAGCUGUCCAAUGAAAUUAAAGCAUUGAAUGAAUGGUAGAGAUUGAAAUAUAUCGGAUAGAGGAUAGACUACUACUACUAAAGGGGUGAAAUAAAUAACAGUUAGGUUGGGUUGACUAUCUAUCAUUGGAAAAUAGAAAUCUCAAAAUAAAUAACAACAGUAAUAUCAAUACACAAGUUACAGUUGCUUAUUUUUCUGUCUGUCCGUCUCUAUUAAUCGACUAUUUUCGUAAUAAGGCAUUUUUCAAUCAUUUAUGCAUUAAUCAUGGUUAUACUAAUUUAAUAUUCCGCACGUACACACACACACACAUACACCUACCUUCAGAUAACGGUUGAGAGCUAAAUAGCGUAAAAACUGCUUCUCGAUUACAACAUAAGCGAAUUCUUCGCUUACAUUACUGGCAUAUCAAGUUAAGAAUUUGAAAAAAAAAGAAUAACUUUUCAAUGGAUAUGAUACAAGUAGAAGGCAAUACAAAGAAUUUAUCGAAAACGCUAACUAGCACAUCCACAUCAUAUCUUGGUGAUCAUAAACAAAAGCAAUAUUUGACAAUGUCCUCCAUCCUUGCAUCGAAUUCAUUACCUAAUGUGACGCCAAAUUCGAACUGUCCAACUCUUAUAAACCAAGAGUUAUCUCUUCAGAAUACUGCUGAUAGCACCGCUACUACUGUUAGUAAUAACAAUAAUAGUAAUAACAGUGGAACAAAUCAUUCAAAUGUUAUCGCUCAAUCUGGUUGGAGUGGGACACUUACGAACUGUUCUGAAAUACAGAUAGCAAAUGAUAAUCAUUAUGAUGAAGGCCAAGAAUUAUGCGAAACAGCAAGCCGUCAGAAUAUAUCGAAACUGGAAGAUAUUUUAGCUGGGAUGUCACUUUCUACAUUUGUAGAACCUAUAAAAUCUAAUGAAGGUAUUGUGAAAGAAGGCGGAUCACUAGAGCGAAGCAGUUUGGCACCAGAAAAUGAUGAGAACUCUCCACAUCAGCUUCAUCCAACAUUUAUGAAUAAAUCAUGGGCUCAGUCAUUAUUCAAAGACAGUCGGAUAUUGUCUGAUGAAUUUAAAGAGAAUCCAGAGAAAAUACUUGAUGAUCACUUUAAUCGUAUAUGGAAAAAACGUGAGGUUCAAAUGUUACUUGAAGAUCGGAUCAGUCAGUUAACUGAUGACAAAAAGUAUUCAAGAAGAAGAAAUAACAAAGGCUGUAAAAGAAUAAGUAUUCAUCAAAGAAAUAUAACUGAUGAAGAAAAAGAAAGAAAUUGCAAAGGGUCAGGAAACCACUUAUUAAAGCAUCAGAUCAACGGGAAUCGUCAAAAUCAUCGUUUUAACGGGAGCAGGGCAGAAGAAUACUGUGCAGUAAAUCAUAGUCAAGAAUUGCUCAGUGAAUAUCUUGUUCGCUCUAGCCAACAUCUUCUUUCUUAUAUUAAUAAUAAUAAUAAUAACAGUGACACUGAUGAUAAUUUUUACAAAUUAAAUUAUCAACACGAUAUCUGUGAUAAUUACAAUAGUGAUAAUAAUACUAAUAAAGACAUGGAAACUAUGAGAAACAUACAUGGACAAAAUAUUGGUGAGCAUAACCUAACAAACUUAAAUGGGAUCAUCCAUGAAACUGUCCGCAGUGUUGAUGAAUCUGCUUUGACAACGUGCGGGAAGACGGAAAGUUAUGAAAAUAAGGCUCAGAGAAGUUAUCUAAAAAGGCGUCAUUCAUAUUUCGACUAUUCAACUGGUACAAAAAACAGUGAUAAUAAUGAUAAUAGCAUUCGGCAACGCUGUAUUUCAACUCAAUCAUUAUCGAUCUCAUUAUUUAAUAUGACUGAUAACAGAGUAGAUUGUCUGCAGAAAAAUCCCAUAAUUAUCGUGGUCUAUAUAUUAGAAGAUACACUGCCGUAUGUAAUUGUUUGUAAAGAUGAACAAUGGAGAUUAAAAGCAUUGAAGCAGAAAAUUCUACAUGAACUGCAUUCAAAUAAACAAAAACUCAGAAAUCAAGUAGACGAUGUACUUCAAAUGUUGAAUCAACGAUUUUAUUUCAAAACUGAAUCAGAUGAAUUCGAUUCCAAAGCUGUCUACCAAGAAGUUAUAGAUGAUAAUGAAGAUAUUCCCCGGUGGAAAAAUUUAAUAUGGGUAAAAAUUGAAGAUGGACAUAGUUAUUGAUCGUCACCAAAAAAAUCUUCACAUCUACAAAUAUUUAAAUGACUCAUCUGCAGUAUUUUCUACUAUACAUAAUUCACAUUGUAUAUAAUCCAUAGAUAAAAUAAAGCUUGUAUUAGAGAUUAAUUCCUUUUGUGAAUGAUAACUGACUACAGGAGGCAGCUGAGUGAAGUUCUAGUAGAAAGUUGUGACUAAUGGGGUUCAUCGCUGGUGACAUUGGCUGGUGGUCACACUUUAUAUCGCGAAUAGGUAGAAGUUAGAAACUACUGGACAUUGAAUUCCAUCCCAGUGGCUAAAUGGCAGGUAUGUGAGCUUGCC